AUGCCAUCUACAGCCGAAGAUUUACCGUCAGAAAUCUGGUUUUAUAUAUUUACAUUUAUCGAAGGACAUGAUAUUGUUCAAUCAUUUUCAUCUCUAAAUUCUUUCUUUAAUUCACUUUUACAUUCACAAUAUUUACAAUUACAUAUUCGAAUUAAAAAAAAUGAAUCAAAUAAACGUUUGCCUCUAUUAACUUGGUCACAUAUUGAUCUACGAAAUAUCUAUUCACUUUCCGUUGGACAACGAAAAGCAAACUGUCUUAUUCAAUUUCUCCGUUGGAAUGCCAGUUAUCUUAUUUGUUUACGUUCUCUGUCGAUUUAUUUGCGAAAAUCAAAAUUUGAUAAUUAUAUCCAGAUUAUAACAUCUGCACUUCAACAAAUGCCAUCUCUUAGAAAUAUUCGUAUUAAAUAUACAGCACAAUUCAAUCCUGAUAUCGAUCACUUUGAACCAUUAAUGACAUAUAUCUUUAGUACAAAAUCUACUAUACAAAAAUGUUCAUUUGAUUUUCGUAUGUUUCAUUACAAUAUGAUAGUGUCAAAAUGGUCAAUAAGUCCAACAUUAAAAUAUCUUAAUUUCUAUAAUACUUCUUGGAAUAAUUUAUUCUCUAUCCUCAGUUUAACACCUUACUUAUAUUCAUUUCAAGCACUAAUAAAGCAAUCGGAUACAAUUUUGAAUAAGGAUAUCGUUCUUACUCAUCUGAAAAAAGUAAAUUUAUAUCUUGUUCGUCCACAUUUGAUUCAACUUGAAAUGUUGAAAGAUGUAGCACCAAAUUUAGAAUCUCUUCAAGUACAAGGUAAUUUCAGUUCUAAACACCCCGCUUAUUUUAAUGAAAACUUAUGGUAUAAAGUAUUGAAUAAUUUGAAAUAUUUUUAUGUCAAUUUAAGCACAUAUUCAGAGUCUAAUUCUGAAAAACAAGUUUUAAGAGAUUAUAUUCUUGAUUUGAAUGGGAAAGGUUGGUUUACUUGGGAAGAACAUAUACCAAAUUUAUAUGCGUUUAUUAAAUUUACAUCAGUCACAAUUUAA